AUGUCAAUUACUUUUGUUUCAGGAGCGUUAGCAUUACGCCGGCCGGAGCCCUACUACGGUCGUGUAAUCGGGAGGCUUACACAAUACGCGCACGGUAUUCGAGGCACUGUGUACGCGGUGGAUGAGAGUACUAUCUUCGUGAAAGGCUUCGCUUAUGAUGGAACUGGCCCUGACGCGUAUUUCUGGGUGGGAGACACUCCUCAGCCUUCACCGGAAGGUACUUUGGUACCAUACCCUGAAGAUUAUCCCAGUCGUGAUCCACCUGUAUUAUCGUCACAUACUAAUUCUGACAUCCUGCUUCGUUUGCCGGCCGGGAAAAGACUGAGAGACAUCAAGUGGAUCAGUGUGUGGUGUAGAAGAUUUACUGUGAAUUUCGGGGACGUGUUCCUUCCACCAGGUCUUGAUCCUCCUCGUCCUAGAGUACUCCCGGAGUUUAAGCGUCUAGCUCACGGUCUUCGCUCAGGGAACAUCAGUGUUUUAGACGCUAAGACCUUCUACAUCCCCAACCUACACUACGACGGCGCCGGCCCUGAUGCUUACUUCUGGGUCGGUAAUGGAAGUGAACCGAAUCCGUUUGGGACUAAAGUGCCUAACGAGAUGGGUUCCCUCAGCCCUCUCCGAGGUUACCAGGGCGAGGAUAUAGAGUUGGUUCUGCCUGGUUCACUAUCAGCUCACGACAUUGACUGGCUGGCUGUGUGGUGUGUGGAGUACAGACAUAACUUCGGACAUGUAUACAUACCCAAGGAUCUGGAUGUACCGCCGGCGCUAGGACAGACCAAGAUUACUCCUGCUUGGUGGUAUAAUCCGACAAGUUCCACCACAUCCCAAGUACCAUUUAACGCCGCUAAUAAUUGCAAGGAAAUUCUGGACAAGCGGCUGCAAGUUCGAUGGGAAGUUCAGGGUGAUCAUGUUCAAGUGACACUAGCAGCUCGUCUACGUAAAGAACACUACAUGGCCUUCGGACUGUCAGGAGCUGAAGGAAGACCUGCCAUGUUGGGAGCUGAUGUAGUAGUCGCCUUCUGGGACACUAAGAAUAACCAGCCACGAGCCUUCGACUACUCAAUCAGUCACUUGGCGCAGUGUGACGGUGAGCGAGGAGUGUGUCCUGACGCACGACUCGGAGGCAGCGAAGACGUCGCUGUUGUAUCGGGGAACCAGAAAGACGGCGUCACUACUAUAACGUACCGCCGGCCGCUCGCCGCUACCGAACACACGAGGGAUAAGGAGAUUCUGACCUCGAGGUCCCAAUCCGUCAUCGCUGCCUUCGGACCUCUCAACUCAAGAUACGAAGCUAACGCACAUUCCUUCAUGGACACCACCAGAAGCGACGUGCAACUUGACUUUGGAGCUCAGAACGAUAACUCAUGUGUGGGUCUAGCAACACUGGACGCCGCAGGUCCAACUCCUUGGACGCCGCGAGUUCUGGCCGGAGUCACUAACAUGACAGCUCGUAUAGGACCAGCUGGAGGAAGGAGAGGAUAUACACCUAUUACUGACAAUGAUAUCAGUAAUGGAUACUCGAAUUAUGGUCAUCCAUCGUGGGGUAUAGCGUGGUACAUUAACGACCAACUGAUCCCUGAGAUAUACGUGGAGCGUGGGAAGACUUAUACCUUCCUUGUGGAAGGUGGAGACGAUAGGACCAACCCGGCUAAAUUCCACCCGCUGUACAUCAGUGACUCGUCGGAGGGAGGGUUCGGUCAGAAGAGACCCGAGGAGCAGAGGAGACAGAGAGUGUUCGCGGGAGUCGCCUUCGAUAACGAGGGAUAUCCAUACCCUACGGCCGUUGGUCGAUACUGCGAGUGGACCCACAAGACGACUGACCAGUCCGCGGUGUCUGACACUUUCGAGCAGUAUAUGAGGACCUUACAGCUUGAGUGUAAUGAUGGAGAGCCUGCGACACUCAACUGGACAGUCGCUCACGAGACGCCCGACCUCGUCUACUACCAAUGCUACACUCAUAACAAUCUAGGAUGGAAAAUCCACGUGGUGGACCCUGGGACCCCCAUCCCAAUACCGGGAGACAAGAGCGCUAUCGUGAAUGAAGGAAGCCACUUGACAGCUGUCAUUGUAACUGUCAUAUCUACUGUCAUCAUGACAGCCCUCAGCAGAUAA